AUGUUCACUAAUGAUGGCACUAGCGUCAUUGAUGUAGUUUGCAUUCAGUCCGCUCGGCAAAAGAGACUAUUCCGCGCAUUCCCGGAAGUCAUUCUCGUCGACACAACCCACUGCGCUAACCGUAAUUUGUACAAGUUGUUUAGUGUUAUGGUUACUGAUGUAUUCGGGAAGGGACAAUACGUGCAUCAUUCAAUUUUUGAGCGAGAGACAGAAGCCAACCUGCUUCUUUCUAUCGGACAGUUCAAGAAGGAGAAUCCAUCGUGGAACAAUGUGCGAGUGAUAGUCUCAGAUAAAGACUUUAAUGAAAAAGAAGUCCUCGCGGAGGCGUUUCCAAAUGCGAGGCAGCUUCUAUGCCAGUUUCAUGUUAUUGCAAGGUUGCGACUGAAGGUUGGUGAACUGGCAGACGUAACUAUCGAGAAGAAACAAGCUGUGAAGGCCUCUUGCCAUCUCAUGAUGAAAUCGCAAAAUGCGUUGGAGUACAAGAAGUACAAGGACACGAUGUUACGGUUGCUAGGAGGAAACACGUCAGAUCCAUUCUACAAGUACUUCCAGGCGAAUUGGGAGCUUUGCAAAGAUGAGAUUGAAUGCGGCUGGGUCAAACUGAAGCAGAAAGUCAAGCGCGAGUACACAAUUGAUGAAAUGCUCGCCACAAUCAUUAUGCUUCAGGAAUGGAGUGAAGACAGUUACGUGAAGGAGUUUACUGCUCUGGGUACUCGUCAGACGCCUUUACAAGAGGACGCGGUCGAUCCAGAACUGUCAACGUUAGCUGUUCAAUUGAGCCCCCAUGGAUACCGUAUCGUGGCAAAGCAGUACCGUUUCGCAAUAAGUGAUCAUGCUCAGUAUUGUAUUGAUACUUCCACACCUGGUAAGGCAUUACUACGCAUGGAAGGUGUGGAAGAAGGAGAGCGGCAUGUGGUAAACACUCAGACUUUCCAGUGUGACUGCGUCUUCAUGCAAACGCUUUAUUACCAUGCCGUCAUGUGA